GAGGCGCCGGGGCAGCCGCGACCGGCCCGGGGCGGAGCGCAGCGGGGCGGGGGUCGGGCCUGGGGCUGUAGAGAGGAGCCCCGAACUUGUGGCCCCGAACUUGUAGCCCGCUCUGUCCCCGCGGGGCCGGGGUGUCCCCGGCUCCUGAUCCCCUCCCGGGGCCCCCCGGCAUUGCCCUCGCCAAAUGGGGGGGGUCUCGGCUAUCGGGCCAGCACCCCCUGCUCCAUGCAGGGGGAGCCGUCCUGGGGGGUUUCCCCAUUCCCCAGGUGUGCGGAGAGGAGGGGAGGGGGCUGCAUUCCUCCCCCUUCCAGGGGUACAGCUGAGACAGGGACAGCCCAGCCCAACCCAGGGCAUGGAGCUGGUGUCACUUGGAUCCAGCCCGGCUGUCAGCGCCCAGCCACGCGCUCAGGGACCACAACAGGGGGGGGUUUAGCCGCCCCCCAGGCCCCGCUGCCCCCGCGGCACCAGCACCUGCUGCGGGACCUCAGCCGCCCACGCGGGGCUCCUGCUGUCCCUGCCCGGCCGGGAGCAUCUCCCGGCGCUGCCAAAGGAUUCCUGGAGGAUGCCUCGCGGCAGCCAGGACGGGAGCACCGCGGGGUUCCCUGGACGGCCGCGGGCCAGGGGCUCCUGGCUGAGCCCACGGCGGGGAUGCCGCGGCCAGGGUGGGCUCCACUCCGGGCAAGGGAGUGGAAGUGGGGAGCGCCAAAUCCCGCCGGGCACGGGGGCUGCCUGCUCCCCGGGAGCCCGGGGUGCUCUGGGAGCCUGAAGAAGGGUCCUGUGGAGCCCCCUCCGCAGGGAGUCCCUCUUCCAAGAGCUCUUGGAAGCGCCUUUUCCUGUGAGCGCGUCCUUGGGCAGCGCACGCAACGCUGGAGCUGGAGGCUGGAGCGCCGCAGGAAGGAACUGAGUCCAGCCCAGUCCGACUGUCUCCAGCAUGACUGGAUUCCACACUGAUAAGAGGCGCUGCGCGGAGGCGGCAGCGGCGGCAGUCCAAGUGUUUGGUGCAUCCCCUCACCCCGUUCCUGCGGCUGGGCUCCGGCGGGACGCGGCCGGCUGGCCCUGCGAGG